AUUUUCCUUCUUUUUCCUCUGCCUGUUCUUGUCGCUCACGAGCGAUUUGACAGUUCGGCCAGCUUUUGUUUACUCGUUUGUUUUGAAUUGUAAUUCAGGCGUAAUUUCCAUUAGCACCUCUUGUUUUCGUGUGAAAUUAUUUCAUAAUCUUCCUAAUUAUGUCCUGUUUGCUAUCGGCGAGGCUGUUAGCAUCGCGUAUUAGUGCGAACCGUGCGUACUGUACAAUGGGAGCGGUUAAAAAUGAUGUUCAACGAAAGAAGUUUGUGAUUGAUCUGGGCAAGAACGAUGAGGCAUAUCUGCAAUAUUCGGAAGACCGCAACGUUAUCAGCUUGGAUCAUACCUACGUGCCGGAUGCUGGCAAAGGCAAAGGGUUGGGCAAAAAGCUAGUGGAGUCUGCGUUUCAAUACGCCAUAGAGAAGCGACUGUUGGUCAAGCUGGAAUGUGACUUUGCGGUCAAAUAUUACAAAGACAACGAAUCAACGUACAAGCGUUACGUAACGAAAUAAACCGCCAUUAUGCAGUAGGAGAUGCGGAAUAAAAGAAUGAAAUGAUUUACAUCGGUCGUUUCUGUACUCUGUAAAGACAUGGACGAAAC